AUGGACACUCGGUGUCAUCAUCAGAAGAAAAUUGCUGAGGAACAACUUUUCCAUGUCAUCCCCACAAUUGGAUGCGUUCCUGGCAUUGAGCCGAUCGAAGCAGAAGGUCGCCAGGGGAAGGAGAAGAAGGCCGAUGACGUGGCGCCUCCGGCCGCCACCGCCGCCGGUGGAUCGUCGGAGGCCAUCAUCAUCGAAGCUUGCAAGCAAUGUAAUUCAUUCAAGACGAGGGCAUUUGCUGUGAAAGACGGUUUAGAAAGUGCUAUACCUGGAAUUGAAGUGAUACUCAAUCCUGAGAAGCCUCGUCGGGGAUGCUUUGAGGUUCGCAAGGCUGAUGGGGAAAUUGUCAUUUCACUUCUGGACAUGAAGCGGCCUUUCACACCGAUGAAGAAUCUUGACAUGGAGAAAGUUGUGGAGGACAUUGUGAAGAAGAUCAAGUGAACAGGGCAAGCUAUUUCUGAUGGGAAAAGUUGCGUAGGAAGAACCACUUCGACAUGCGUCACAAUUCCCAUUUCUGCUGCAUGUUUCUUUUUUCUGUACUACCUUUAUCUGUUCACAAAUUUCUCCAGCACCGCGCCAAUGUGCAUUUCGGUGUAGUACAGGUAAAAAUUUGUCUAGAAGCAGCGCGAUACCAGGAUAUGAUCAUAGUUAUGUGUACAUGUGUUUCUGAUGGGUAUGCAAUGACUGUUCCUUUUGCUAAAUCAAUUACUGAGAAAUA